GCUCAACACUACCAUUAAUCCCAUAACUAAUUUUUUUACGCGGCGGAUAGUUUGAAGAAUCGGAAAGAGACGCCCACAUCAGUCUCUUCUUCCCAAAUCCCAACCCUGGAGCCCUUUUCCCCCGACCACCUCCAUUUGCUGCCGGCGAGUACCCCGUUUCUACUCCCAGCAGAAGAAUGCCCCCGAUCAGAAGCUUCACUCUUACACCUUCCCGCCUGAAAGACAUCCUCCUCCUCUUCUCCCUCCUCGCCGUAGUCUACCUCACCUUUCGCAACCCUCUGCCACGACCACCGCCGUCAGAUCGCGGCGAUCUCCCCACGUCUUCUACCCCCACCACCCGCAGCCACAUCCUCUUCUCCAUAGCCUCAUCCUACGGUGCAUUCCUCCGCCGCAAACCUUACAUCAGCCUCUGGUACGACCCCAACUCCACCCGUGCUUUCGCCUUCCUAGACGCCGCCCCGGCCGAUCUCCCCUCCCAUCUCCCUCCGGUAAUAAUCUCAGAGGACACAUCUCGCUUCCCUUACACAUUCAAGGGCGGUCUGCGAUCUGCAAUCAGAGUUGCGCGGGUUGUGAAGGAAGCCGUCGAGCUCAAUCAAACCGGCGUGCGGUGGUUCGUCUUCGGCGACGACGAUACGGUUUUCUUCGUCGAUAAUUUGAUUAAGACGCUGUCUAAGUACGAUCACACGCGGUGGUUCUACAUCGGGAGCAAUUCCGAGAGCUACGAGCAGAACAUGAAGCAUUCAUUCGAUAUGGGCUUCGGCGGUGGGGGUUUUGCAAUCAGUUCCCCCUUGGCUAGGGUUUUAUCUAGGGUUUUAGAUUCUUGCUUGGUGCGUUACUCCCAUUUGUACGGAAGCGAUGCCAGGAUCUUCUCUUGCUUGGCCGAGUUAGGUGUUGGGCUGACUCACGAGCCUGGCUUCCACCAGGUUGACUUGCGGGGGAAUUUAUUCGGGUUGCUUUCAGCUCAUCCAUUGUCGCCAUUGAUAUCUCUUCAUCAUCUGGAAGCUUCAACCCCUGUUUUCCCCACUAUGAACCAAACUCAAGCUAUGGAACAUCUUUUCCAGGCUGUGCAUGCCGACCCUACUAGGAUUUUGCAGCAAGUAGUUUGUUAUGACCACACAAAUUCCUUCACUGUUUCAAUCGCGUGGGGCUAUUCGAUUCAGGUGUUUGAAGGAAAUGAGCUUCUUCCUGAUCUUCUCUCGCUGCAGCAGACCUUUUCGCCGUGGAGAAGACAUCGAAACCCACUUGCUGGCUAUUACAUGUUCACCAUGAGACCCUAUCCUAAAGAUCCAUGCAAAAGGCCUGCUGUCUUCUUUAUGAAAAAUGUUAAGUCUGGUGAAGACGGGAUUUGGAGCAGUUACACUAGGCACAAUGUUGAGGAUUGCUCUAGGGCUUCUAGGGCCAUAAAUAAUCUUGAGUACAUCAAGGUAUCAUCGGAUAAAUUGAAGCUUGAUGCUGAACAGAUUUGGGCUCCACGUCGGCAGUGUUGUGAUGUUUCCUCCUCAUCUGAGAAAUCCAUGGUUAUUAGAAUCAGGCAGUGCGGAAACAAUGAACUGAUUGCCAUGCAUCUAUAGUGAUUCUGGAAUAUGUAUACAUGUUUUAUACUGAAAGUACUUUGGAGCUUGAAUCAGUAGCAGGAAAGAGAAAAUUGCAAGAAUUCUGUUGCUCGGUUCCACCUGACUAUUGAAGAAUUUGAGAGUGGCCUUGAUGCGUCAAGACAGGCUUCUGCUGAUAUCUGCUGACUAGUUUACUAGGGUCGAGCACUUAAGUAGAGACCCCCUUGCUUUGAUGUGAAUAGCAUACUUUGACGGAAUCUGUUUUAUGAUCUGAGUUUGUAGAUAGAGAUUGAAAGGAAUGCCAAAUCAUGUUGACCAAGGCCAAGCUGGACAGAUGAUAUGAAUGACUCGCCCGUGGUUUUGAUUUCUGGAGUAAGUGCUGAUUCUGUUUCCAGAUUCUUCAAAGUCGAGGGGUUUUCACGUCCAGAGAGCAGAAUCUUUAAAAGGUUAGGAAAGUGAAAGGUGUUUGUUUUCUUCGUAAGGCAUUGUAGAUCAGUUGUCAUUAAAAGGGAUUGGAUCGUUAACUUUGCUUUCAAUAUCUGUAACCAAAUUUUUAUGAACCGAAGCAAUACUAUAGCCCUCCUUUUUUGGGAGUUCGGGCUACUGACAGAUGGUUCUCAUUUUUAAGUAUUGUGAGGAGUAAACAUGCAGUAACUACUAACUAGGUUAACUCAAACCAGGCUGAUGAACCCCUUUGCUUUAGAUCUGUUAAAAAUAAAAAUUUUCGUAACAUGUUCCAUUUGAACUGCAAAACAAGCUGCAAUUCUGACAUCACCCUACACAUAAUGAAUAAAAAUUAGACCUAAUUCAUGUUCAUAUGAUGCAUUUGUUUUUUAUUGAGUUGUACGCUGCAGAAACUGCUAUUUUCCUUUUCAACUUAUCUACGCUAUACCAUUCUGUUGACUUUUCUAUUGAAGAAAUGGCAACAUAAACCAUUCUGUUGACUUUUCUGGGUUUCUUUUGCCCUUCAUACGCCGUCCCUAAUAAUACAGUAAAGUGUAAGGAAAGAGUGGUUUUUGGCAGUUCUAAGUUCAUUGAAAGAAACCUACUUUUCUUGGACUUGGAGGUUGCCCACAUCUCACACGACUGAAAAUGUGAUUGGGAGAUUGUUGAAAAUUUAAUCAACCCAUUGGACCUUAAUUCCCACAUGAAUCUAAAAUGGGGUGGCUUUGAUUGCAAAAGCAGCAGACUUUGCUUCCUCUUUAGAUUGGGGGAUGAAACAUCUGACUUUUCUUCCCUUUUGUAAGGUCUAACUCCACGCACUUCCUUCAUGCUUAGAAAACAUUCCAGCUCGCUUCUUUUUCCACCUUCAGUUUCGCCUGUGAUAUAUGAGCCUGAUUGAACCUAUAAAUCCAAGAUCAAAUUCAAAGUCAAAACCUUCCCUCCUGACAGAGACUGCAGAGAACUUUCACACUUGGAAACAAUGCAGCUUCUUCAUUCAACUUCUAAACCAAACUCUUCUUCUACACGGUUCAUCAGCUUCAUCAUCUUCUCAUCAUCCAUCCUCACCGUCUACCUUCUGGUCUCGCUCUUCCUCGUUGGUUCCUCCAAGCUCACGAGCGUAACUUCCUGGGAAAGUUCAGCUUCACAACACUCACCGACCACUCUCGACCACAUUGUGUUUGGGAUUGCUUCCAACAAGAAAUCAUGGCAGAAGCGGAAGGAGUACGUCAAGCUCUGGUGGAAGCAGCCACAUCCGCAGCAGCAGAUAGCGAUGAGGGGCUGCGUGUUCCUCGAGGAGCCGCCUGAUGACUUCAAUGUCACCUCUGGCAAUGACAAUGCCACCCUCCCUCCAAUCUGCAUCUCUCAGGAUACCUCCAGGUUCCGUUACACCUUCAAAAAUGGUCUGCGGUCGGCGAUUCGGGUGGCACGUGUGGUUUCCGAGACGGUGGCACUGAAUCAUUCCGACGUCAGGUGGUUCGUGUUUGGUGAUGACGACACAGUUUUCUUCCCCGAGAACUUGGUGAAGACGUUAUCGAAGUAUGAUCACGGGCUUUGGUACUACAUAGGGUCGAACUCGGAGAUCUACGAGCAGAAUAGGCUGUUUGGGUUUGACAUGGCUUAUGGUGGAGCAGGAUUUGCUAUUAGCUAUCCGCUGGCUAAAGUUCUCGCCAAGGUUUUUGAUUCUUGUAUCGAAAGGUACCCUCAUCUUUAUGGAAGUGAUUCCAGGAUCUCUUCUUGCUUGGCUGAGCUUGGCGUGACGUUAACUCGAGAGCCUGGUUUCCAUCAGCUGGAUUUCCAUGGCAAUAUGUUCGGUAUACUGACAUCACAUCCAACGACACCAUUAGUAUCCCUCCAUCACAUGGACCACAUCGACGCAAUCUUCCCCAAAAUGACAACCCGAGACUCUGUUAAGCAUUUACUAGAAGCAGCAAGGAUUGAUUCCCAGAGGGUUCUGCAGAAGACUGUGUGCUAUGAUCGCUGGUUCUCGUGGACCAUUUCUGUUUCAUGGGGCUACGCAGUUGAGGUCUACGGCAAUCACAUGCUUCUCCCCGAUGUUCUUCCCGUCCAAACCACUUUCAGGCAAUGGAGCAAAGGUGACGUUCUAGCUGCAACGUACGUUUUCAACACCAGACGGCCUCACCCGGAUCCAUGCAGAAGAGCCACAGUUUUCUUUCUUGAUCGUGCUUCUUCUGAGGUGACUAAUAAUCAACAGUUGGUGACCAGCCAUUACAAGAAGCUGUUUGUAAACUGCUCGCAAGAUAUGGGUUCACCUAGAAGACUUGAAGAGAUUAAGGUGGUCUCACAUAAGCUUGACCUCAGCGACAAACAGCUGCGGGCUCCAAGGCGGCAGUGCUGUGAAGUUUUGCCUUCUUCUGGGAAUAAAGUGAUGGACAUUGCGAUUAGGGAAUGCAAAGAUGACGAACUGAUUCACAUGAAAUAGGUAAACUUGAUUUGUUGUUUAUGGAGGCAUACAUUCUUGGUUGCCAUUGCAAGAUUCACACUGAUCUCGAAUGAAGCUUAAGAGAUAAAAACCCAGGCAAGGGUUGGGGAUCUAGUAGCUGUUAUGCAGAGGCAGUGGGAAGUAAAGUAAAAGCAUGCCCCAACUCUUGUGGAGUAAUUCAAGAGGGAAUACAGAGGCUUAUUUGACCUUUUCUUUCUGGAAAAGAAUCCACUUUUGAUUAUUUGUGCAUAUUUUGUAAGAAUGAUGAAGUAGAAACCACAGAAAAAUGUAUCCUUACACGGACACAGAAUAUGGAGGAUAAAUUUUCAUCCAAUGAAUAAAGUAAAGAAAGCAAUGAACUUUCUUGUCAUGUAUUUGGUUUUUAUGUCUUCCUUAUUUGCUGAGUCUUUUUGUUGAUCCGAUCUUAGAUUUAGUAGCUGGCUGUGGGUAGGGCAGGGUGUCCAACGGUCCGCACCUGUCCAGACCUGUUUUGAACCGGAUCGAAUAUCACAUUAAGAAGAGGUUGAAC